UCCUGGUUAAAAAGGAAGUGUGGUUCAAGGGUAGCUAGUCAUUUUCUUCCUUUUUUAGUUUUGGGUUCUGAAAAAUCUGCAUCACUAGUCUUAAAAUGGAGAAUGAAAGGGUAGAUGAGGCCACGCGAAGAAAAAGCGGGGAAAGUGAGGGAGACGAAGUCAACUCUGACCGAAAGCGACUGAAAACAGAAAAUGACAGUGGGAGGUCCUGUCUGGAUCAGCCGAUGGAUUUGAGGAGUGUGUACGAAGUUGUGAAGUACGAACCGUCACAUCUGCCAGCCAAAUAUUAUGACACGGACACCACCGAGCCGGUAAGCUACAGCCUGAAGUCGUUGGACGAGCUGCUGUCAUGGAAACGGAGCGAGGCCCACCCAUUCAACGUGGCCACGGUGCCGUUAGCCAGCCGCCAGCCUGCGUUGACCAGCGACCAGCGCAAGACCCUGGUGUCACAUGACAUGAUGGGCGGAUACCUGGAUGACAGGUUUGUGCAAGGGGCGGAGUCAGAGACGCCGUACGCCUUCUACCACUGGCAGUACAUCGACAUCUUCAACUACUUCAGCCACAACAUGGUGACAAUCCCGCCCGUCGUCUGGACCAACGCUGCCCACAGGCACGGCGUCCUCGUUCUCGGAACCUUCAUCACGGAGUGGACGGACGGCGGUAAGAUGUGCGAGCUGUUCCUGGCGGAGGAGGAGUCUUACCGCACCGCCGCGGAUAAGCUGGUUCAGAUCGCGCACUGCUACGGGUUCGACGGCUGGCUCAUCAACAUCGAGAACCCGCUGAGCGCGAACGCGGUGAAGAACACGCCCCUUUUCCUGCGGUACCUGACGGACCAGAUGCACGAGCGCGUGGCUAGGAGCCAGGUGCUGUGGUACGACAGCGUGCUGGAGAAUGGCGACCUCCGGUGGCAGAACGAGCUCAACGACAGGAACAGAGUGUUUUUCCAGGCAUGCGACGGCAUUUUCACCAACUACAACUGGACGGAGCAGAGCCUGGAGUGGAUGGGCUCGUACCCCGAGGCUCAGGGCCGCCUGGGGGACAUCUACGUGGGCGUGGACGUGUUCGCCCGGGGGGAAGUGGUGGGGGGGAAGUUUGAGACCAACAAGGCCCUGGAGCUCAUUCGCAAGCACAGGCUCUCUGCCGCCAUCUUCGCGCCCGGCUGGGUGUACGAGACAAAGGACAGGAAGGAGUUCCGGGUGAACCAGGACAGGUUCUGGAGCCUGCUGUCUGAGUUCCUGUAUGUUCAUCGCCCGUCCUCCCACCUCCCUUUCGUCUCGUCCUUCUGCCAGGGGUUUGGCGAGAAUUUCUUCUGGAAGGGGAAGGCGGAGAGCGCCACCUCCUGGUUCAACCUGAGCGCGCAGGAGCCGCAGCCGCUGUACCUGAGCGAGACGCUGGAGGGGUCGGGCAGCCUGAGGACGCGCGGCUGCCCCGCCGAGGCCUGGGGUGGCGGCUCCGCCCUGCUGCUGGAGGGCGUGGUCCCGCCCACGCUGUCCAAAGUGUGCGCCAGGAUAUUCUCCGUCCACAUUCCGCUGGCCUCCAGGACGCUCGUCUCCUUCAUCUACAAGUCCUCUGAGGGAGUCACAGUCGGGCUGGAGCUGAAGACCACCGACGCAGCGCUCUGCUCCUACGAGGGAGUCCAGGACGUCCCGCACACCAGUGUGCAGCCCAGGGUUCUGGAGGGGGACCAUGAGCUGGUUCGGCGUUUCACAGAGAACUGCGGGGUGUGGAGGCCGGACGGCUGGACUGUGAGGUGCUUCCUGUUGGAGCUGAAAGGCUGUGCCCUGCGGGACGUCUGCGUGAACGUGAGCCGGGAGGAGGGGGACCAGGACGUCCCCUUCAGCUGCAGGAUCGGCGAAAUCAUGGUGAUGGAUGCAGAGAGCCUGGCGGUGCCCCCCCUCUCUGUGGAAGACAUCUGCCUGUCGGACAUCCUGUGGCGGAGGGGCGUGGGGCGCGGGCCGGGCACCCAGGACCGGCUGCACCUGAACGGCACGCUGCGCUGGCGCUACCCCGCGCAGCUGGUGCGCCACUUCCGCCUGCACUGGCGCCGGCUGCGGGGGCCCGAGCCGCACUCGCCCCCCGGCCCGCUCACCCUGAUUGGACGCUCGUACUCCUCGCUGUUCCGGGUGUGUGAGCUGGCGGUGCCCGAGGCCCCCACCGUGCUGGAGCUGGUGGUGGAGCCCGUCACCCUCGAGGGCUUCGCCCUGCCCGAGUCGCACUGGGGCCGCAAGGUCCUCAGCUACGUCAGCGGGGGAGGGGUUUAGCUGCAGCCCCGCCCAGAAGGGGAGGGGUUUAGCUGCAGCCCCGCCCAGAAGGGGAGGGGUUUGGCUACAGCAAUUACCCAGAAGGGGAGGCGUUUAGCUGCAGCCCUGCCCAGAAGGGGAGGAGUUUAGCUGCAGUCCUGUCCCAGAAGGGGAGGAGUUUAGCUACAGUCCUGUCCCAGAAGGGGAGGAGUUUAGCUAUAGUCCUGUCCCAGAAGGGGAGGAGUUUAGCGACAGUCCUGCCUCAGAAGGGAGGGGUUUAGCUAUGGCUGUGAUUGCCCCCCCCCUCUUGUGCUGACUCUGGCAGACUGUUUAAAGAGCAGCCUGGGCUGUUCUCUGAUUAAAUGUGGUGCUUUUGAAUUGACCAUAACUGCUGCUUAAAAUGUUUGUGUUUAAAAGCUUUUUUAUGAAUAAACAAUAUGCAGGUCA